UCAAAUUUUCUCUUCCUUCUUCCCGCUUUAGUCUUGACGUACGAUUUAUAAGCCGGAAUCCCAAAAAGUCUUCAACAACAAAAGAAAAGAAAUCCCUCGACAUAAACCUAAGACAAAGCAAACCCUUCUCACUACGCAAAGCCCGCUUCAAUUUACACUCAGAAUGUCUAUAUUAACAGUGAAACAAAUUCCCUUUCUUCUAUUUCUUUUGAGUUUUGAAGCAAAUGCAGAGCAAAUGAUCAUCAAUUGUUGCUGAGUUCGAUAUCGAUCCACCAUAAAUUUCCGUAACCAAAAAUGAAUCCCAAUGGAGUGCUACUGGAGCAUACACUGAAGGAGAUACUGGCUGUGCUUCAACCCGAAAGUAAUGAUUGGGUGGCGCGGUUUCAAGUCAUUGAGGAGUUACGGAGAGUUGUGGAUUCUCUGGAAAGUAUGAGAGGUGCAACUGUGGAGCCAUUUGGAUCAUUUGUGUCUAAUCUCUUUACGCGCUCGGGAGACUUGGAUAUUUCUAUUGAAUUAGCCAAUGGUUCAUUUAUUUCAUCUUCUGGUAAAAAGCAUAAGCAGAAAUUGCUUAGAGCUUUGAUGGAAGCCAUGAGACAGAGAGGUGGGUGGAAUAAGUAUCAAUGCAUCCCAAAUGCAAGAGUUCCUAUAUUGAAAGUUCAAAGCAAUAUCCAGAACAUCUCUUGUGAUAUUUCAGUUGACAAUCUGCAAGCCCAAAUGAAGUCCAAAAUGUUGCUUUGGAUCACUGAAAUAGAUACACGCUUCCGCGAUAUGGUGUUAUUGGUAAAGGAAUGGGCCAAAGCACACAAUAUCAAUAAUUCGAAAACUGGGACUUUCAAUUCGUACUCUCUCAGUUUGCUUGUGGUCUUCCAUUUUCAGACAUGUGUACCUGCAAUUUUUCCACCUCUUAAAGAUAUAUAUCCAGGAAAUAUUGCUGAUGAUCUUCAAGGUUUGAGAGCGAACGCAGAGAGACAAAUUUCUGAAACAUGUGCUGCAAACAUAGCUAGGUUCAGAUCACAGAGAGGGAGAGCAGUUAACCACAGUUCUUUGUCCGAUCUUUUCAUUUCGUUCCUUUCAAAGUUUUCCAACAUAAACUCGAGGGCCUCAGAGUUAGGAAUUUGUCCGUUCACAGGACAGUGGGAAUAUAUAAGCAGCAAUACAAGAUGGUUGCCUCAAACUCAUGCAAUAUUUGUAACUCCCCCUCAAGUUUUUCUCUACCUCCUGAUUGAAGAUCCUUUUGGGCAGCCAGAAAAUAGUGCAAGGGCCGUCAAUGCGAGCCAAUUGACGAAGAUAUCAGAAGCAUUUCAAUCGACCUAUCGCAGGCUCGUCUCACGUAAUCAGAACCAGAAUGACUUUCUUGCUCCUUUAGUACGACAGCAAACAUCUCAAUUGAUUCCAAGGAACCAAAGAUACAAUCCCCAUAGUGUCUAUCAGCCAACUCGUCCACAGUGGUUGACAGCCGAUUUCUCGCAUCCACCACAGUACGCGCGGCAUGGCAGUGGCCGCCACCAACAAACGCGUCCACAGGUGGCAUAUUUGACCACAAGAGUGCCUAACGCUCGGGCAUAUCAAGUUCAAAACCAGCAGCAGCAAUUGUGGAGGCCAAGAUCGCGGAGAUGAAAUGUGUUGCGAGCUGUCGCAGUUAGAACGUUUCUCACGGUUUCAGGUGUCUGUUUUGAUUGAAGAGAAGAGAACUUUAAAGUACAUGCCAGCUUGAUUGAAGAAUUAGAACCUUGUCUUUGGUCACUCGUUUAAGGAAUUUAAGACUUCGUGCCCAAAGAGGUUAAUCAAUUUAACCACGCAUGUAUUGGAGAUGCGUUUUGUGAAAAUUUGUUCAACUCCUGAAACCAUUUUGAUUGCUAGAAUGAAGAUUGAAGCAUUUUGCUUGCCAGCAUAAUACAAAAUUACAAAUCA